UGCAUUUAUUUUACUUUUAUUUAGCGCUAUUACUGCAACCGUCGAAAUGGCAAAAAUCCAACAGGCAAACUUUAUGAUAAGGCAACAAACAUCCGAAGGAAAAUAAAAAAAGAAACAGGAGCACUAAGCUUUGCACCUAAAUGUCAACCCACUCAAUCAAGUUUGUCGGAGCAGGCGAGCAAUACAGAUGAAAAUGACUUAGCCAUGAAAAAUUGGCUUUGUCAUAAUGUAGAGCCUUGGGGCGAUGUUGUAGAAAAAUGGACGAACACAGUCAAAUUAAGAACCGCAGAGAUUUUAAAUGAACACGCAAAUAUUUUAACUAAUUGGCCGCUGCUGAAACACAGUCUUGGAUACACUUUGGUUGAAAUUGAUUUUGAAGCGAAAUUUCCCAACUGUUCGCAGAAUUUGCUAAACGAAUGGCCAAAAUUUAGAAAGUCAAUUAUACCUUACAUGAAGACAAAAAUAAGAGAUGCAACGUCCAUUGAUAUGCUAAAAAAAAUUGACGAAAACAUCAGUACUGACUCAAUGGAUUGUUUAUUGACACUGCUUUUGCAUGCGAUACUUAAACCGUCAUUAAUUUCCGUUGGACAAACUUCUGGUGAAAAACGGCUUAAAUGGAAGCCAUCAAUAUGUGAUGCGCAAGCAGUGACAUUGCUGCAUUGCAGCAGCAUAAACGAUUAUCAGAGGAUGUAACACGAAUUAAAGAUUAAGUUAAAUCAAAAGAAUCUUCCUCUUCAGCCGCUACUAUUGGUAGUCGGAGAGAAACUAACUCAGUUAGACUCUUUUUACGUUAUUUUCGACAGUAUAAUUUACAAGGUACCGACAUUUUUAAAAUCACUUGAUACUUUAUUUAAAAUCUUUCAUGUAUUAAAUUUGGAAUAUCCGAUACAAGCGAAAUCCAUAUAUAAUUUUAUCGAAUCCUACUUUUUUGGCAUUGCGGAUUGUGCACACCCUAAUGUUAUUACACUUAAGAAUUAUUUAAAAGAUACUCAAAACUUGUUGGAGUAGAUUGAUAAAAUGUUCAAAUGCUUUAUAUGUAA